AUGGCAGCUUGCAACUUUUCUUCAUUUCUCUUAGGAUUUCUUGUGCUUGCAUUAGUUAAUUUUAAUGAGAGUAAUGCAUUGAGUUCUAACUACUAUGAUCAAACAUGCCCGAAGGCCGAAUCAGCUGUUACGAGUGCUGUAAAGAAAGCCAUGUUGAAUGAUAGAACAGUUCCUGCUGCACUUCUAAGAAUGCAAUUCCAUGAUUGUUUCAUUAGGGGAUGUGAUGGUUCAGUGUUGUUGAACUCAACUGGAGCCAACCAAGCCGAAAAAGAUGGACCUCCGAAUAUAUCUCUCCAUGCAUUUUAUGUUAUUGAUAAUGCCAAGAAAGCGUUAGAGGCUAUGUGUCCUGGUACCGUGUCGUGUGCGGAUAUAGUAGCUUUAGCAGCCAGAGAUGCCGUUCAUCUGUCAGGAGGUCCCCAUUGGGUUGUGCCAAAAGGGCGAAAAGAUGGCAGAGUUUCAAUAGCAACAGAAACUCGACAAUUGCCAUCUCCAACAUUCAACAUUUCACAACUCCAACAAAGUUUCUCUCAAAGAGGUCUUUCUAUGGAAGAUUUAGUUGCACUUUCAGGAGGACACACCCUUGGUUUUGCACAUUGUUCCUCAUUCCAAAACAGGAUCCACAACUUUGCAACAAAACAAGACGUCGAUCCAUCGAUGCACCAAUCUUUCGCAGCUAGCUUACGCAGCGUAUGCCCAAUGCAUAACAAGGUGAGAAGCGCAGGGGCGAAUUUGGAUUCCACCCCUACCAUCUUCGACAAUGGCUACUACAAGCUACUACUCGAAGGGAAGAGCAUUUUCACUUCUGAUCAAGCCUUACUUACUAACCCGACUGCCAAAACAUUGGUUGCAAAGUUUGCGAAUUCACGAGAAGAGUUUGAGAAAGCAUUUGUGGAGUCUAUGAUCAAGAUGAGCAGUAUAACCGGUGGGCAAGAGGUUAGGUUGAAUUGUAGAUUCGUAAAUUGAUCAUUUUUUGUUAUCUUUUUUUUUUUUUUUUAAAAAACAUUUGACUUUGCAUAUAUGGUCAACGGGUUGUAAA